GGGGAUCCUCACCUCUUCCCACUCUCCGCUUACUCACUGGGCUCCAACCACCGUCCUCCUUGCUUGUUCCCCUCACGGGACCUCGGCCAGACCUGUUCUGUCCCUGUGGAACACUCUUCCCCCAGAACUGCCCCCGGCUGGCUCUCCUUGCUCCCUGAAAUAGCUCCACUGAGUUUUCUACUCAGUGUUGCCUCCCACCCCGAGCUGCUCCCUGUUCGUAAAUGGUUCCAUGUCACUCGCAGCACUUAACCUUUUUUGGAAACUAUCUCUUAACGGUUUGCUUGCUUCCUGUCUGUCCCCUCACCCGAAUGUGAGUCCCCUAGAGGCAGAGGUCGUCCUCCUUGUGCACCUUCUACCUGCACAACGUAGGCCACUGGCCGCCAAAGCUUUGACUGGGACCCACUGUAAGUUUGGGAGACACGCCGAAGACCAGGACUCCCAGGCUCCAUGCAGAGAGAAGCUUCGAGUGCAUUCAUUCUUUCCAGGCAUCACUGCAAACCCAUCCACAGAUGAGGACCAGAGGCUCAGGGAAAGUGUCCAGUCUGCGUUCACAGCAGGCCGGAGCAGCGCCGGCGCUGACCGCGGAGGAGAGGAGGACGACACGCGGAGGACGCCGGGCUCGGGACGAAUCUGGAUGGCGCGCCAAGAUCCGGGAGGACCCCCACCUGCCUCCCCCGCCGUGGGGUGUCACCGCGCAGGGCCGUGGUCCCAGGCUGCGGGCGUCGAGGAGCCGCCGCUGCCCGCCGUGGUCCUUACCAUCCUGGCCCGCAAUGCCGAGCACUCACUGCCCCACUACCUGGGCGCGCUGGAGCGGCUGGACUACCCCCGGGCCAGGCUGGCCCUCUGGUGUGCCACGGACCACAACACGGACAACAGCACGCAGAUGCUGCAGGAGUGGCUGGCCGCUGUGGGUGACGACUAUGCCACUGUGGUCUGGAGGCCCGAGGGGGAGCCCAGGUCCUACCCAGAUGAAGAGGGUCCCAAGCACUGGACCAAAGAAAGGCACCAGUUUCUGAUGGAAUUGAAACAGGAAGCCCUGACCUUUGCCAGGGACUGGGGGGCUGACUACAUCCUGUUUGCAGAUACAGACAACAUUCUGACCAACAACCAGACGCUGAGGCUUCUGAUAGAGCAGGGGCUGCCCGUCGUGGCCCCGAUGCUGGACUCCCAGACCUACUACUCCAAUUUCUGGUGCGGGAUCACGCCCCAGGGCUAUUACCGUCGCACGGCCGACUACUUCCCCACCAAGAACCGCCAGCGCCGGGGCUGCUUCCGGGUCCCUAUGGUCCAUUCUACCUUCCUGGUGUCCUUGCGGGCCGAGGGGGCAGCCCAGCUCGCCUUCUACCCUCCUCAUCCCAACUACACCUGGCCCUUCGACGAUAUCAUUGUCUUCGCCUAUGCCUGCCAGGCCGCUGGGGUCACGGUCCACGUGUGCAAUGAGCACCGUUAUGGGUACAUGAACGUGCCCGUGAAAUCCCACCAGGGGCUGGAGGACGAGAAGGUCAACUUCAUCCACCUAAUCCUGGAAGCGCUGGUGGACGGGCCCCCCAUGCGGGCCUCAGUGCACGUGUCCCGGCCCCCAAAGAGACCCAGCAAGAUGGGGUUUGAUGAGGUGUUUGUCAUCAGCCUGGCCCGCCGGCCCGACCGCCGAGAGCGCAUGCUAAGCUCGCUCUGGGAGAUGGAGAUUUCUGGGCGGGUGGUGGAAGCUGUGGACGGCCGGACACUCAACAGCAGUAUCAUGAGGAGCCUCGGCGUGGACCUGCUGCCCGGCUACCAGGACCCCUACUCGGGCCGCACACUGACCAAGGGCGAGGUGGGCUGCUUCCUCAGCCACUACUCCAUCUGGGAGGAGGUGGCGGCCAGGGGUCUGGCCCAGGUCCUGGUGUUUGAGGACGACGUGCGUUUUGAGAGCAACUUCCGGGGGCGACUGGAGCGGCUGAUGGAGGAGGUGGAGGCAGAGAAGCUGCCGUGGGACCUAAUCUACCUGGGUCGGAAGCAGGUGAACCCCGAGGAGGAGGCCGCUGUGGAGAGGCUGCCGCAUCUGGUGGUGGCAGGGUACUCCUACUGGACCCUGGCCUAUGUCUUGAGCCUGGCGGGAGCUCGCAAGCUGCUGGCCUCCCAGCCCCUGUGCCGAAUGCUGCCUGUGGACGAGUUCCUGCCCAUCAUGUUUGACCGGCACCCCAACGAGCAGUACAAGGCGCACUUCUGGCCGCGGGACCUGCGCGCCUUCUCCGCCCGGCCGUUGCUCGCUGCCCCCACGCACUACGCAGGGGACGCUGAGUGGCUCAGCGACACGGAGACAUCCUCGCCCUGGGACGAUGACAGCGGCCGCAUCAUCAGCUGGAGCGGCUCUCACAAGACCCUGCGUGGCCCCCGCCUGGACCUAGCUGGCAGCAGUGGGCACAGCCUCCCCCCACCACCCCACCCCCGGGAUGAGCUCUAGGGCCAGGCAGUGACUCCAGAGAACCACCCGGGAGCAGGCUGCUGCUGGCCAGGGAGCAGAGUUGGAAAUAGCUUCAGGAGUCGUCACCAGGAGCCACAGACCCCACAGAGACCCGACUAUCACCUUAGGCAUGGCCACUUUGUCUUCUGGCUCCCUCUUGCAUUGGGAGAAACCACUCCAAGAUGGGCCCCUUCUCUGAAGGUCAUGGAGAGAAAAGGCAGGGCUCACAGGCCCUCUCACCCUGCCUGGUCUGACUCAGGGCCUGGUGUGGAGAGAAGGAGGGGGGCUCCCCAGCCUUCGGCUUCAAGCUGGACAGAUGCCGGGAGCCCUGCCCUCU